AUCCCGGGGAGAGGAGAAUGGCCACGGUGCGGGAGAAGGCGCUUGCACUGAACCUGUGCACGUCCUACAGCCCGGCACACCGACCUCCAGGUCCGAACCUGAAUAACAGACCUUUCCGAGCCACCUAUAUCUGGAGCAGCAUCAUCCACGCUCUGCAAACUCAGGUGGAGGUAAAGAAGAGGCGGCACCACUUGAAGUCCCACCCGGACUGUUUCAUUGGCUCAGAUGCUGUGGACGUUGUAUUUGCUCACCUUGUGCAGCACAAAUACUUUGGCGAUGCCGACAUCCCUCGUUCCAAGGUUGUGCGGGUGUGCCAGGCUCUUAUGGACUGUAAGGUGUUUGAAUCCGUGCUGAGCACAUGUAUGUUUGGGAAAGAAAAGAGACGGUCGGUGUUUGAAGAUAGCAGCUGCAGCCUGUACAGAUUUCUUAAUGUGCCCUAUCCUACUACUGGGCAGAUUGAAAAGGGCAGCGGCCGAUGUACACCACAGAGGCAUGAACAGGCCAGGUUCCAGUCUGCUCCUCUCCAGUCACAGAGCCUGGAAGAUCUCUGGGAUAACCUCAGUCUGACACCUGCCGACCCAACUCAGAUGAAUCUGCCCAUAGACCUACCUCCCAAAGUUCUUAGUGAAGUUUGGCAAGAACAAACUAUACGCCGACUACUUCAGCUAGUGGACCUCCCAAUCCUUGACUCUUUACUAGAGAAUGCUCCUGCCACGUCUCAAACGGCGCCAACAAAGAAUGAAGAGCUGAUAAUUACCACCCACUAUCUGGACAGAGAGAUCCUCAAGGCAUUUAGUGACUCCCAGUCAGAUGAAUGGGUUUCAGCUGCAGUGGACUGCUUGGAGUUCCUCCCGGAUCAAAUUGUGGUGGAUGUGAGCCGGAAUCUCCCUGAAUGCCCAGACAAGGAUGGGUCAUGGAAACUGCUACUGUUUGAGAGUAUCAGCAAGUACUACAGUCAGAACAGGGUUCCUCUUGUCACCAAUCCAUUCUUUGACAUUCACACGGGCAUUGCUGAGCUUUUAGUUAACGGAAAGACCGAACAAGCACUGGAGGCCACGCAGUUGUGUUUGAAGCUCCUGGAUUCCCACAGCCGGGAGGAGUUCAGACGUCUCCUCUAUUUCAUGGCCGUGGCUGCAGAGCCUUCGGAGUUUAGACUUCAAGAAGAGAGUGAAAACCGAAUGACUGUAAAGAGGAAGUUCUCUCGAGCCAUUGUCAACCACAAAAAUCUGGCCAAGGGAAAGUCUGACUUGCUGGUGCUUUUCCUGCUGGACCACCACAAGGAUGUGUUCAAGAUUCCUGGAAGUCUGCACAAGAUGGUCAGUGAGAAGCUGGUGGCUAUUCAACAGGGAAAAGACCCAGACAAAGACACAGGUUAUACCUUUUGCCAAAAAAUGGAUAGAAGUGAAUUUGUUUCUUCCGCACAAAAAACUACACGGACAGAACUGUGGACUUUAUUGAGGACUAUAUAUGAGAACACUAAACUUUCCCCUAAAGAGAAAAAGCGUCUUCUGGGUCAGUUCUACAAAAGUCACCCGGAUAUCUUCAUUCAAUUCUUUGGUGACAAAGUCAGCACUGUGUAUACGUAAUGUAUUAUCUUUGCUUGUGUA